AUGGCUGAAAAAUCGAAUAAAACAUCCCAAAUCACUGAAACCAUUAUUGUUGCGGCGGCUCAUGGCCGACUUGAUCUUGUCACGGCGCUCUUAGAGGCCGGGACAGAUCCGAAUACCGUGGACGAGGUCGGAACUUCGGCUCUUCAUAAUGCCGCAAAAGAGGGUUAUUGGAAUAUCGCCCGCCUCCUUCUCGAAAACAAUGCAUCACCUCGGAUCGAGGAUGGCAACCGCGCAACACCACUCCGCCUUGCUGUAAGGGGUGGUCACAAACAGAUUGUUCGCUUGUUCCUUGAGUGUGAUCCUCCUACAAACGAGAUAAAGGAGACCGAAACAUUUAGGCUCCUUCGCCUUGCUGCAGCCUUGGGCCAUACAGAAAUAGUCCAACUCUUUCUGGAUUGCAACACCCCCACCCUAGGCGCUAAUAAGGACGAAACGGCGCUACACCUGGCGGCUGCAAAAGGGCAUCAUGACAUCUGCGAUCUUCUUCUAAAGCACGACAAGGCUUUGAAUCGAUCAGUAUGGACCAGAUUGGUCGGACCCAGUCUGCAAGUCUACUCAAAAGAUUACGAUGGAAACACGCCUUUCGCGUGGGCAGUGAAAAAUGGUCACAGCCGGACUGUCGAAGUCUUUUUACGCCACUAUCCAGAACUGAGUAAGACUGCCGGUGCGGACAAAGAGCUCCAUUUCUAUAGGGCUAUCAGGACAGACAAGAUUGAGAUGGUACGGAUAUUUUUGAAUUAUGGCGCGGAUACUGAGAUGAAAGGUUAUCAAGGAGGUCGGGCACUUCAGAUAGCGAUCACCGCUGAGAAUAUGGGGUACGGCACUGUGACUACUGAGAUGAUCCAGCUUUUACUUGCACAUGGUGCUAUCGUUGAUUCAAAGGACGACUAUGGCCAUACCCCCGAGUUUUACUCAAAUAAUCCAAAGACCAGAAUGAUAUUGCGUAACCAUGCAGCUACGCACGCAAAGGUCGGUUCAGUGCCCAAAGCACCGGUGGCUUCGGCUCCGCCACCUGAAUACAAGGCAUGA